AUGUCAUUAUUCAAAUCAAAGAAAGACACUACUACUGCUACUGCUCCUACUGUUGAAGAAUCAACUCAAAUUGAAGAUGCUGCUGAUGCUCCAGUUGAAAAUGCUCCAGUUGAAGAAGAACCUCAAGCUGCUGAUGAUGAUGAACCUGCCAUCUGUCAAACUUCAGAACAUUUAAAAUCUUACCCAUUGAUUAAAGAAGCUGUUGAUAUGGAAAUUGUUAAAGCUAUUAGAGGUACUUCAAAUCCAAUUCUCAAACCAGUUGGUGAAUGGUUACACUCUCAAUCGUUUUUAAAACCAAUUAUCAGAAAUACUGAUGGUGUUGUUGUCUCUACAUUAGAUAAAGUUGAACAAACUGUUCCAUCAAUCAAAACUGUUACUUGGAAAGAUGUUGGUGAUUCAAUUGCUUAUCCUUUCAAACAAUCUUCUGUUGCAAUUGAAACUGCAAAACAUUCUAGUGGUGAUUUUAUUGGUGAUAAGAUUUUAUUACCAACAAGAGAAUAUGCAAGAAAGGGACGUGCUUAUUAUAAUGAACAUCUUUAUGAUACACAAGGUAAACCAUUACUUAGAAGUUCAUUAGAUCCUGUUUGCAGACCAAUUAAUUAUCAAAUUGAAGACUUUACCCUGAAAAACUUCCCAAAAGGUGAACCAGUUUCAAAUGAUUAUUCAAGUGAAGUUGAAAGAGGUUUAUGGUUAACUUAUGAUUUAAUGGAACGUGCAAUUCCAGUUGCUGAACAAGAAGUUUUUGAUGGUAUUAUGGCACCAUGUAAUUAUACUUCACAUGCAUUUGAAGUUUAUAAUGAACAUUUAGCAAAACAAGAAGGUAAUAUUUUCAAUUCAUCAAUUCAAGCAACUUACAAUACCUCAGUUGAUUUGACAAAUGAAGUUAUUAGUGAAACUACAAGUGCUUGGAAUAAGAUCUGGAAGAAAUCAGAUGAACCAUCAUCAACACCAGAAGGUCAAGAACAAUCACAAGAACACACCCAAAGUUCAGCUGUUCCGGCUAUGGCAUAG